GUCUGGAAAAAAAAAAAAAAAAACUGACGUGCGUCGGAACCGAGCGGUCAGAGCGAAAGCUGCGUAUGUCUGUGUGCGCGUGGCUGCGUGGGAGUGUGACUGUGACAGAGUUGCGCCGGGGCAGAGCAGAGGAGUCCCCGUGGCUCUCCGCCGGUGUUCCGUCAGAGCGGCGAACCAAACGCGCACUUUCUGCGCAACGAGCCUGGCGACGCGCUCCGGACCCGGUCGGUUGGCCGAGCGUGACCCGAGGACCCCUCCACUCAUUCCGGGCAGCGCUGAUCCAAACGCUGGAGCUCAAACAACAUUCAAUGACUUCAGAGCGAUGAACUGGAAGUAUGGCCAAGUGGUUCAAGGAGCACCUAGGAUUCAAAACUGCCAAAGCACCCCCCCCGGCGCCUCCAAAACCGGACUACAGACACUGUCACAGCGGUGCGCCCGGAGCGCAGCAGACGGGCUCCGGAGCCACUUUUCCGAGUCCAGCUCAGCCGGACAUCCUCGCUGCUUACAAACUACAGAAGGAGUUGGACUUCGAAGACCCGUACACUCCGGGUGGAAAUAUUUCUUUCGGUUCGAGUUUGAACUCUGUGGUCCCGUCGGAUAACAAGUAUGUGUCGCCGAAGCACCGAUUGAUUAAAGUGGAAACCAUCGAGAAGAGCAGCGCGGCUCCGGGCGGCGGGGUCACCGUCACCCAGGCGGUGGCUCUGGGGAGCGUGAAGUCUCUGACUUCUUCACCUCCUUUGGAGCAAGACAGCAAGGAAAAGCUGAUUAUCCUGGAAGACUACGCUGACCCUUUUGAUGCAGAGCAGGCUGGCGGUGGUCCGACCAUGACUGAAAAAGUCACAACUGAAAACGACGGUUACAUGGAACCAUAUGAGGCCCAGAAGAUGAUGGCAGAGAUCAGGUCCAGUGGACGAGGUUCCAAGGAGGGGUCCGUCAAGCAGCUGCCGCUUUACGACACGCCAUAUGAGCCGACGGAAAAUGGAGGAGACCCCGACCCCGAGCGCUUGCGCUGCCCCAGAGAAAGCAGACUCCCCCAGGAUGAUGAGCGGCCCCCGGAGGAGUACGACCAGCCGUGGGAGUGGAAGAAGGAGAGGAUUUCCAAAGCCUUUGCAGCUCUGCUUUGUUAUGACUGCAUUAGCUACGAGGGCUCUGUAAAUGGAACUGGAUCAGAUCCUCCUGGAAGAAAGGACUCUACCUCCUCUAAAUCCCUCACAGUAGAGAUUAAAGUGAUCAAGGACCUACCGUGGCCCCCUCCUGUCGGGCAACUCAACACCAGCCCUCCCCUGGCGGAGGAGCUUGAGUCUCCUUCCCAGACAGCUCAACCUUCGCCCGGACCGACGAGCUGUGACCAGCACCACCAUGUUCAGUUUGAUGGAGUGGAAAAGUCCCGAAUGUCACCAACGAAGGAGGGAAAAACUCGUCCGCUGCAGCGACAUUCUAGUGGUUGUUUGGUCAACACCAAAAUGACUUCCCUAGACCACUGCAGCUCCUCUCUAGGGGAACGUAUUGACCCCACGAUGCCUCUGGAAAGCCAGUUCUGGUACCACGGAGCCAUCAGCCGAACGGAUGCAGAGUCUCUGCUCAGAAUGUGCAAGGAGGCCAGUUACCUGGUGAGGAACAGCGAGACCAGCAAGAAUGACUACUCCCUCUCCCUGAAGAGCAGCCAGGGCUUCAUGCACAUGAAGCUGUCACGGACCAAGGAGAACAAGUACAUCCUGGGCCAGAACAGCAGCCCCUUCGACAGCGUGCCUGAGAUCAUCUACUUCUACUCAAGCCGCAAGCUGCCCAUCAAGGGGGCCGAACACAUGUCCCUGCUGUACCCCGUUGGCAUCAGGACACUAUAGUACUGUGGGGAUCAUGACAGGUGUCACUGGACUCCCUGGGCCCUAUCCUCAUGGCUCAUGGUUUCUUUUCUUCUGGACUGAAAUCACAGGAACAUGAACAACAUUCAAAACUGCUAAUACUGGCUGACAAAUUCCAAACCGGUUUUCGAAGGCCACUUUCAUACGAUCUCAUACAAACAGACUCGAUAUCCCUGAUGGUUUUAUGACUUUGUUGUGUUUAUUUAUGCGGACGUCCACUUAUCACAUCUGAGACUGAUUGUCUGAUGAGCAGCAUUUCAGUAACUGUUGAGCUGAGAGCUCAUAGCACUUAACACUCAAAGAAAAAGAGAGGUACAACAUAUCAUUAGUCACUUCAGUAGAUUAAACUCAUUUGGAUAGGCACCGUUGUUGCUAGAGUUGCUUGAAGAUGAAACGAGAGACAACAUUUAUGAUGCAUGUUGCACAAUAUUGUCCUCAUGAGGCUCGUGCAGCAGCUGAGAUAUCAAAUAAACUGACCGGGUGCGAUUCCCCAGCUGCGGGUAAACAACAGGUCUGUGAGCUGAGCACACUGAUCUCUCUAUGUUGUCAUAGUGUAUGUUGUCUGCUAUCCAUCACUGAGUGGGUGUAUCACACCAGUGACGGUGUAAGUACCACGGUGGUGUGACAGGCAGGAAAAGCAUGAUGGAUGGGUCAACCAAUGUGACACGGUAAAAUUGGCCGAGGCUGGAGACCAGAGCCUGUCCAAAUGGACCAAAUUACCCCCACUACCCCUGCUUGGAAUGGCUUUGCAUGGGGGGGAGAAUGAAAUAUGCCUGCAUUGUCUACCUCAGAAAAUCAAUUUCAUUCCCCCAUCUGCAGAUCAAUAGGUACAAUGGGAUUGUAGACAUUGAUCUCGCUCCCUAUGACAUUCCCAAUCACCUUAAAACGGUGUCAUUGGUUUUAGGAAUAUUUUUUUUUCUUUAUAAAAUGAUAGAAUUUAUGAAAACAAAUUUAUGUUUUGUUUCAAAUCAGGAACUGUAUGUAUAGUCACUGUUAUUAAUACUAUGUGAUGUCAGUUACAACUGUUUGCUUAAUGCCUUAUAAUGCAUGGGGUCAAUUCAGUCCGCUCAGAUUAGCUAAUUUCCCGAUUCCGCCUUUAGCGAUUGUUCUGUGACUGUUAUUUAUUCUGGGUAAUUAUUAGAGAGCUUUUUCUACCCACAGCCAGUUGGCCCUCUCCGUUCUGCUGUGAUGGGAUUUUUAGGGACUUUUGCUCUGUUUCUUUUUCUGUUUUGUUGUCUCCUGUUCUGCUAAGCGCUUACUUGACUCUUGAGACAGAAGUUCAACGAGGUUGUCAAGCAGCCCUCCACCCAACCAUUCAUCCACCCAGCCAACACAUCAAUGCAGAGCUGCCUGUCCUAAACAGAUUAACACCUACCUUCAACCCACCAUGCUUCACUUUGCAUACAAACCUCCAAAUGUCUAACACUUUGUUCCUGUAUACUCUUUGAAUGUGUUCACAGACAGGCUAACACUCCUGUUUUCUGCUUACUGCUUGUGCUAAGACUUCUUUGAAUACUAACUCAUUUUUUCACUGCUAAAUCCAAGAAGAAAAGACUUAAAAGGUGUUUUAUUUGCUUUCCUCUCUGUAUGUUUCACACCUCAGUGCAGCACUGUUUGCUUCUUGGGCCCGUCCUGCAGUUUUCUCCCAAGCCAGUAAUCUUUCUUAUGACAAAUAAAACAAGUGGAUAUGUUUAAAGCGUGAAAUCAUUAAAGCAGUCUAUUGUGACUGCCCAACGCACGGCUCGUAACUUAAAAAUCACGGUGCUUUACCAACCAAGAGAUCGGAAACUAUUUUUAGAGUGGAACUCAUUUUGGCUUACGCUAUAAAUCCCGCUGUCUGCUAUGCAAUUGUAAAAUGCAGUCGUUUAAGUGGGAAACUGGGAGGAGUUUGUGCCUCGGUAAAAAGUUUAUGAUGGUACAAUACGCCCAGCAGGAGAAGAAGAUGACGUUUCCUGAUGAGAAGUGCAGGAAGUGAGCAGACAGACCGUGCUGUCGGCCGAACAGUGCAAUCUGAGGGCGCCUCUUUGUGCUUUAACGAGGAACAGUAUGUCGUCAUUGUGGACCUGUGUUUUAUUGAGAUAAGAUAUCUGAAGAUAGAAUGCUAAUUUUGAAAUAAACUAUGUAUCAUGAGUCCUUUUUUGUCGCGAAUGUUCAGGGUUUAGUAGAUCUGAUAAUGCCAGGAGCGGCUCUUUAUUUAGUUCCUGCUGCUGAUGAGUACUACUCUACUAAAGGAAAGAGCCCAUGUAUGAUGGCCGCACUGCCUGCUGAGAGGCCUUAGCUUUGGGGAGAAAAGGAAAUUGGAGACAUGUUGGGGAAGAGUACAAGGAGUCAAAGGGAAGGGUGUGAAGAAGGGGAAGAAUUUGCUGCAGUCAGCACAGACAUUCUCGACAUCCUUGUAUUUCUAUUAUGGCGACCUAAAAGAGCCCCUCUCUCCAUCAGAAGUGUCUUAAAGGUUGUGUGUGUGUUGAAAAGCUGUUGUGCAUGCAUACAGCUGUUAACUGAGUAUGUGUGAGUGUGAGUGUGUGUGUGUAUGCACGACUACAUCAGCCAUUGACUUGCCCCAGGUCUUCUCUCGUGUUAUUGCUUUAUCGUGGAAACGUGGCAUGUCUGAGUUUUCCUUGUGUACAUUUUCGUGCCACGUAUGUAUGCACUAAUGUAACGCAUCUCUGUAAAGUCCCCCAUGGCCAAAUGUAUAUACUGAAUGUAUUAAAUGGGGACGUAGAGGCAUCAUGGUGCAGAAUGAUUAAAGUUGGGAUUAUGAGUAUAA